AUGUCGAGUUUAAGAUCUUCAUCAUCACUACCUGGAAAAGAAGCUCUUGUUCGUGUUGCAGAUGAAUCUCUAACACGGGAUCAAGUAUCGGAGUUUGCAUCAUUAUGUAAAAAAGUGGUUGCUCAAAAGAGUGCACUAUUGGAUCAAGUAGAGUCGCGAAAACUCGAACAUAAAUACUCAAAGAUAGUGGAUUCAUAUUCGAGGCAUUUACCUAAAAAUGUUCGAGUCAUGAAACCAUUUGAAACACUUUUUGCAGUAAAGGAAGUACGAGAAGAAAGGGAUGAAGAAUUAGCUGAAAAAGUUAAAAACUCACAAAACAAAUUAAUAAGUCUUAUUCAAGAAAUCACAGAAAGAAAAAAGAAAAUUUCACAAAUUCUCACAGCUGGAAACUCUAAUGACCAAUAUCUGAAAGCUGUAGAAGAAGAGUGCAACAAAUUAAUUGAGAAUUCAAAUGAAAUCAAAAUUGAACCUGCAGAAGACACAGGUGACAGAUUAGAAUUUUCUUCAGGUGUUGUCUGGGACUCACAAGAAGUUGAAACCCAAGUGAACAAGUUUGUUACCGUCUCUAAAACGUUGGCAAAUGAAGUGAAGAGCAUAACUGAUAAAUUAGGUCACUCUGAAAAAUCUCUCGCCAUUUCUAAAAGAAAUCAAGAAUAUUCCAUCACAGAGGAGGAUAAAUUAAGGGUUUCAACUCAAGUAAAUUCAACAGCCUCACAAAGUUCUCAAGGAUCAUCCAAAAGCACCACUCGUAAUUCUACCACCCAGGGAACAAAAAGAAAAAGAAAGGAAAAUAAGCAACAGAAUGAAAAGAAAAAGUAA